CGUCGAUCUCCAUUAUCUCCACCGCGGGCAGGAAGAAGCAGUAGAUGAACGAAAGCCUAACAAGGAGACAUAGGGGACCCGAAACGGACCUAAAACUAACAGAGGGAGGGAGAAAGAAGCGAAGGCCUACUAGGAUUCAUUGCGGUGGCAACGGCGCAGUGAUCCCGGCGGACGAUGAGAUGGCGAGGUCCGGCGAUCCGGACGAAAGGGAAGUAUGGGGGACGUGGGAGGAGCUGCUCCUCGCCUGCGCCGUCAACCGCCAUGGCACCCGGCGCUGGGACUCCGUCUCCAUGGAGAUCCAGUCCCGCACCACCGCCUCCCACCACGUCACCCCCCAGGGCUGCCGCCAGCGCUUCCGUGACCUCCAGCGCCGCUUCGGCGCCGGCGGAGACAACGACGGCAGCGACGCCGAUCCUGAUCCGCCGGCAGACGUCCCCUGGCUCGAGGAGCUCCGUAAGCUCCGUGUCGCCGAGCUCCGCCGUGAGCUCGAGCGUUGUGAUCUAUCGAUCGGAUCUUUGCAAUUGAAGGUCAAGAGGCUUCAAGAGGAUCGCGAACGAAGCCUCCAGGAUGGGGAAUCCGGCGAGGGAAAACCGGAUAGGGACGCGAAGGAGGAGGGCGGAUCGCCGAAAUCUACGCCGGGAAGCCUUGCCGGAGACCCGAUCUCAUCUGGCGGUGCCUCUGGUCCCUCGUGCGAGCAGUCCAACUCGACCGAUCCGAAGCAGAAAUCCGGCGAGGACCUUUGGGAAACAGAGAAGGAGGCCGCUGAUCCUUCCACUGGGGGAAACGAGAAGAUGGAUGAGGGAUCUUACAACGGCAGCACGGGGAGCCCCGCGGCGGAAGCGGCUGCCCGGUCGCAUGCGAUGGGCGAGUCGGGCGAGUCCAUCGCCGAGUCGAAGGGCGGCGGCGGGGAAGGGGAGGAGAGCAGCGACGUGCAAAGCUCGGCGAGCCUCUCGCGGAGGCGACGGAAGAAGGUGAUGCCUGACGGGGGUGGGGAGGAGCCGGAGGCGGAGGACGCGUCGAUUCUGAACAAGCGGGCGGCCGCGGAAUCGCUGCCGUUGGUUUCCUUGCUCCAGAUUAUCCGGUCGGACAAAUACGGGUCCGUCUUCGAGCGCCGGCUCGAGAGUCAGGAUUGCGUUGGAUAUCGGAGCCUCAUACGGCACCACGUGGACCUGGAGAUGGUGCGGGCCAAGCUGGAUCGCGUGGAAUCGGGUUGCUCGUAUGCGACAGUUGAGUUCGCCCGGGACAUGCUGCUCCUCUGCACCAACGCCGUCGUCUUCUACGCCAAAGGCUCCCCCGAGGCUGUCGCUGCCUUCAGUCUUCGCCGGCUAUUGGUCAAGGAGAUGGCUUCCGUCUUCCGUAGACCGAAGGAACCGACGCUGCCGCCUCCCCCGCCGCCUGCUCCUCAGUCUGAACCCACCGCCUCGAAGCCCAAGCUGGAACCUGAUCUCGCCGUUGCCCUCGUCGAGAAACCAAUGUCCCCGACGCCGUCGAUCGUGUGCCGCAAGCGAAGCUCCAUCUCGAACAAGCCAGCUGUGGCAGUAGUCAAGGAAGAGAGGGACGAGAAGGCCGAUCCUGGGAGGAAGGAAUUGGACAACGAGGAGAAGAGCCUUCAGACAAAGACUACCAAUGAAAAGACCGGGCCCACUGGGACGACGAGAGGCUUGCGGACCAAUAAGGUUCGCGGUGGCAACGGGGGAGGAGGUCCGCCCGCCAAGAAGCCCAACCUUGCUCCCGCUCCGACCCUGAAGUCCAAAUCUCUGGAGAAUGUGCCCACUGUCGAGGAGGCGGUGAAACCGGAUAAGAAGAACUGCGGUGGUGGUGGCGCGGGCACUGGCACUGGCACUGCCCCAGCUUCUUCGGCGAAAAAGCAAAGUGCGACCAGCUUCUUGAACCGGAUGAAGCGAAGCUCCAACGGGAAGCUGAUGGAAAUGCUGAAGACUUCCUCAUCCUCCGGAGGCGGCAAUGCAAAGGGGAUGGAGCAGAAGGACGCAAAAGGCGACGACCGGAAGGACCAGAGGCCCCGUCGAGGGACCGGCGGUAGAGGCGGUCCCAGGAAGAGGGCGGCGGAGACGAGCGGCGGUUCAGCGAAGAGGAGCGUGGGAAGGCCGCCGAAGAGGGCGGCGGCUCCGCCUCCCCCUCCGGCCAAGAGGGCGAGGGAAGCGGCGGAGGCCACUUCGAGGACAUCGGCGUCGGCUCCGAGGAAGCGAGGGCGGAGGUGAGUUAGGAGGAGCGCCCUUAGUGUUGUAGAAUUAUGUACGACAGUCGUCGCUCGCCGACCUCGUUUCGUCGGAGGUGAGGUAAGUGUCCCUUUGCCGUGGGUGCCUCGUUCGGACAGGCUCAGCUGAUUCGUAUCUGU